UAUUGACAGUGGCAUCCAGUGCAAUAGCUGCCUUGCUUAUCCCAGGUGGCCGGACAGCUCAUUCCAGAUUUGCCAUCCCUCUUGACAUCAAUGAAGAUUCUACAUGUAACAUUAAGCAAGGCAGUCAUUUGGCAGAAUUGAUAAUAAAAUCAAAGCUCAUCAUAUGGGAUGAAGCUCCAAUGGCCCACAAGCAUUGCUUUGAAGCGGUUGAUAGGACAUUCCGAGACAUUCUCAGAUUUAGCCGAGGCGAUAGUUUGGAACGUCCAUUUGGAGGAAAGGUAGUUGUUUUCGGAGGUGAUUUUAGGCAAAUACUCCCAGUCAUACCGAAGGCGACACGACAACAAGUAGUUCAAGCUACAAUUAAUGCCUCUUAUCUUUGGCAGUUCUGUCGGGUUCUCACAUUGACAAAAAAUAUGAGGUUACAAAGUGGUGCUGCGGAUUGUGAUGUCAAUGCAAUCCAGCAAUUUUCUGAUUGGACGCUCAAAGUUGGGAAUGCAACCAUUGGCAAUGUCAUUGAUGGAGAUGAUGUUGUUGAUAUUCCGGAUGACAUGCUUAUUGCUACUACAGGUGACCCUCUUGCUUCUAUUGUUGAAAGCACGUAUCCUUCCCUGUUGGAAAAUAUGAGUGAUCCAACAUUUUUCCAGCAUCGGGCUAUUUUGGCACCGAGGAAUGAUGUGGUUGACACUAUAAAUGAUUACAUGAUAUCACUGAUGCCCGGAGAGAUGAAAACAUAUCUGAGUUUUGAUCGCCCGUGUUCUCAAAAUGGUACUCUGGGUAGUGCCGAUGAUGUGCAUACACCAGAGUUCCUUAACACCAUUAAUGCUUCGGGGAUACCAAAUCAUAAAUUGUGCCUCAAGGUCGGUGUUCCAAUUAUGCUAAUAAGGAAUAUAGACCAAUCUAAUGGCUUAUGCAAUGGGACGCGCUUAAUUGUUACUCAAAUGGGUACUCAUGUUUUGGAGGCGAAGGUUAUAACUGGCACUCGGUUAGGGGAAAGGGUUUUUAUUCCUAGACUAUCUUUGAUCCCAUCUGAUAGCCGAAUUCCUUUUAAGUUUCAGCGGCGCCAAUUCCCCGUGGUUGUUUCUUUUGCAAUGACGAUAAACAAAAGUCAAGGACAAUCGUUGAAACAAGUUGGGCUUUAUCUUUCAAAACCAGUUUUUUCCCAUGGACAAUUGUACGUUGCCGUGUCGAGGGUGACAUCAAGGGAGGGAUUAAAAGUUCUCAUUUGUGACGAAGAAGGUGGAACAAUGAAGACCACUAAGAAUGUGGUUUAUAGAGAAGUUUUCACAAACUUAGCAUAGGUUUCAACUAUGGAGAAGAUGCAACUAAAACAAUGGAGAUAUUGUGUGGAAAAAAACAUACCUCGAAGCCUGGCCUAAGAGAAUUCCUCAGCCCGUGAACCUAAUUCCACUCUCUUUCUUCUAC